ACCACAAAUCUAAUAUACCCCAAUACUCAUUUUGAGUAUCGGGUAUAAAAAGGGCAUUUCUACAUGACACGACACACACCUUACACGCAGCAUCGAGCGCCACCUGCCGACACUCAAAGCUUUUCAAAAGCUGUUCCUUGAUUGUUAUUUGGUAUCGAUUGUUGACCUAUCAAAGGCGCCAGUUUCCGUUUCCCUGGCAACAGUUCAACGGGCGAAUCAAUUACCGUUUGUUUGGCGCUGUCAUAGAAAGGUGUCAGAUUUUCACACCAACUUUUGGCCCUGAUUGUAGCUACUAGGAGAAGCUCUAUGGAAAUGUCGAGUGUGCUGAACAACAUCCUCACCGUGGACAAGGAGCAGGAGCUUCUGCAGAGCUUCAUCCGGACGGGAGCCAAUGCAGACGAGGAGUCCUUGGACGAGUCGCACAAAAGGUCAAAGGGUCGCGGAAGUCGCAGCUCCCACAAGCCGCCCAUAUGGGAUCGCCGCGAGUCGCGCGGCGGACGCAGGUCGUCGGGCGAUCGUGCGGGGGGUGGCAAGCAGGCUGAAGACGGUGGCGACGGUGCCGGAGGCAAGCGUGGCAACCGCAUCGAGGCAGAGCUACGGGCAGCCCGAAAACGCAUCGAGGAGCAGAUUGCCAAGAAAAAGAAGCCCAAGGAGAACUUCGUGGACUUCUACACGGACAAGGAUCGAGCGGCUGCCGUUAGCGCCGGGGCUUUCGACAUCAAACAGAAGCAGGACCGCAACGAGGCGCUACUAAUACCCGACGAGGCAGACAUAAGCUCGGUCAUAGCUCUGGGGCUCAAGGAGAUCAAGAAUGCCAAUCCCGAGAAUGCCAUCCACUUCUUCUGCAAGGCUCUGGAGCUGAGGAGCACGGACAUCAAUGCCUUGAUAUCGCGCAGUAAGUGCUAUCUGCUGCUGGGCGAAGCCUCCAAGGCACUGCAGGACGCGGAGACAGCCCUCGGAGAGGAGAAGAACAAUAUACGAGCCAUCUACCAAAAGGCGGAGUCGCUCUACUAUUUGGACCAGUUCGAGCAGAGCCUCAUGUUCUUCCACCAAUUGCAAACUCCCAAUUUCUUGGAUAUUGUAUUUCUUCAUAUAUUGUACGAGUAGUCAAGUCGAACUCAAGUGCGA